AAAAUAUUGCUUUGUUACUCAGAAAUAUGGACCCGUGUGACCGUCAGUCUACCCCCCCCCCCCCCCUCCCUCCUUCUCCGCGAUGGUACAGUCUUGGUUCAUUCAUAAAAUUCUAGCAGAGCAUAAAAGGAGGGGCUUGCAUUCUAGCCGUCCAGUUACCAGGUAUAUACCUGGAGAAAAGACCCGUGCCGCUCUGCCCAGCGGAAGGCCAGAGCUAUAUUUAUCACUGAUCAGUGAUAUUUGUUCUCCUCGUGAUGCAUCAUAACCUGACGCUUGACAUGGAUUCAGUCUCUCCCACCUGCCAAACAGAAUCUCCUACCGGGACACUUUGCCAGAAGACGCCAGAAGAGGCGAUCUCCCCUGCUUCCUCCUCAGAGAGCAAUGCAAAGGAGCUCUGCCGAGACAUGAGCGUUGAAGACACUCCAUUUGUGCCAACAGUUACUGCAAUUUCCUCUACCCCAGAUUUCCAGUGGAUGGUCCAGCCUACGAUCAUUACAGCUGUCUCCCCGUCUCUGGGUAGCAAGCAAGCCAAUGAAGCACAAAGCUCUCACCAGGCAACACCCAAAGAGGGCGGGAGUAAGGGGAAAAAUGCUGUCAGAAAGGGAAAAACAGAGCAGCUGUCUCCAGAGGAGGAGGAGAGAAAGAGGAUAAGGAGGGAGAGGAAUAAAAUGGCCGCAGCAAAGUGUCGCAACAGAAGAAGGGAGCUCACAGAUACACUGCAAGCUGAGACCGACAUGCUGGAGGAGGAAAAAGCAGCCCUGGAGACAGAGAUAGCAAACCUCCUCAAGGAGAAAGAAAGGCUUGAAUGUAUGCUUUCUACACAUAAACCGAUGUGCCAGAUAUCAGAAGAGCCGGAGUCGAUUUUCCAGGAGCCCACGGGGUCCCCAGAGCCACCGCCCAGUCCAGACGAUGACCGGCUUCCAGAGGAUGGCAUCCAGGAAGCUCCUUCGCUCCAGGACAUGGACAUUCCCAGCGAUCCUUCCACAGCCAUCUCUGGGAACUCAAAUAUUCUCCUGUGUGCCAGCGCUGAUAUCAACCUCUGGGAUAUGGAGCCCUCUCUGGACAUUAAGGAAGGGCUCCUGGAGAAUAUGCUGCCCAUUUUGGAGGAUAAAACCCCCAUGGAGACGGCUCGAUCUGUGCCAGACAUAGACCUGAGCAGCUCUCUCGGGGUCUCGGACUGGGAGACCCUGUACAAGUCUGUUUCCAGCGACCUGGAGCCUCUCAGCACUCCCGUGGUGACCUCCACACCCACCUGCAGCAGCUACCUGUCGGUGUUCACGUUUGCAUGUCCCGAGCUGGACUCUCUCACAGAGGGACUCGACAGUCAUAAAGGUGGAGGAGGCAAAGCUGAAUCUGUUGAUAUUCUUAACUCUCCAACUCUCCUCGCCUUAUAAUGCACGGAGGGAUGUGAUCUGUCUCAUCUCUCUGGUUUCUCUGUUCUGCAGGUUCAUGACUUUGAAAUGAUACCACGGUGUGCUACAACACUUGAAGGGUUCACGAAAUGUCUUGUGGAUGAUGAAGCAAAACUUAUAAACUUCCUCCAGUUUAAUAGCCCACAGAGUGAUGUAGCUAAAAGCAUGGCUUUUACAGAAGGGACAGAAGUACGUUUUAAAAACGCAUGCAGAGAAAUUCCAUGUAGUUUUCAAAGCUUAUAUAUAUCUGAUCUGUUACUAGAUCUAAGAUGUUAUGUGAGACUUAAUGUUACAGUAUGGUUUAGUGUUUUGGUGUCAACAGUGUAUUGAUUGCAGUAAAUGUAUUUACAUAUUCAUUCAUGUUUGAGUACCUGCAUACCUCAACGUCAUCAACUGUGGUUUGACCUCAUUGAAAGUUUUCCAUGAAAACAUCCAGUGCUAUAUAUAAAUAUAUAUAUAUAUAUAUCUUAUCAAGAUGUAACUUAUCAUUUAUUUUUUUACCUUUCAGAUUUUGACUUAUUUGUUAAAUUUCAAAGUGAAAUGAGCAUUGAUUGCUUAUCUAAGCUGCUGAAAAAUUAAAAUAAACCUACAUUCAGA